UCACAGAACGUUUGUUGAGGAUGAGUGUGUGGUGUUAAUGGCUUCCAAAGACAAGGGGGAGGGGUGGAUUUUGCCGAUUCAGUAUGAACAGCGCCGAUCCCGAUCAAUCAGCGAGUUCACUCCUUCCUUGCGACUGAGCAUCUCCCUGAGCAUUGCACAUUGCGAGAUUUGGAAAUCUGACAGCUGAAGGCGACUGAAAGCAUCAUCAUCAUCAUCCCUACCACCAUUAGCUAAUCACUACAUUCAUAUCUAUACACCAGAGAAGACAACAGUGCAUAAACACACACCAUAUAUUGCUAAACUAGAGUCACUGAAAACACUACACACCAUCCAUCCAUCCAUCCACGUGCGCACACGCACACACACACACACACACGGGGAAAAAGUACUGUCCUAGUACUUUGCAGUGUACUACUGCUCUAUUUUCAACAUUAAAGUGUUGGGAAGUGUUUUUGUGCUUUUGUCUUUGCUGUGAACAGGAUGCCACGGAAGGGGAAGCGUUCCGAAGCAGCGAAGCGCCGAUGGAGGAAGCUGGACCUUGCUGAUCCACAGACGGGCCAGACCAGCGCACCCCAGCAGCCUGGGUCCCCACCCUCGACGACCAGCGAUGGGACCACCCUGCAGUCUCCCACGAAGAAGAGAGCCAGGUUCCAGACCUCCCCUCUGGCCGACCAGCCCCGUGUGGUGGAUGCCUGCUCCGCCACUUCUUCUGUGGUUGCCCAGGAGUCUCUGGCCAGACACCAGCCUCCGAGACACGUCCGAGGCACUGGGCGGCGCCACACCGUGCGGAAAUGGCCAGUUUCUGCAGUGACUGGGAAGAACCACAAGCUGGUCAUUCCAGCCGUGGCUCAGGGCAAGCGGUUUGUCCUGAUCGUUGGAGACUCCCAUCUGCGAGCCAUUGCAGAUGGAUUUGUGAAGAUGCCGGAGGGACCCUUGUCUUUUGGUGUGAUGUCCACACCGGGUGCCACGGCGGCCCAGUUGUGGGCUGAGGUGCAGAAUGCGGUUCUGUCUCGGUCUCCUGAGGUGGUCUGUGUUUUGGCACCCAGCAACAACUUGGGUCGUCCCGUUGGCGAGGCAGCCACUGACUUCGGGCAGCUCCUGACCGCCACCUGCAGCCGCUGGCCUAACGUCGUCGUCGUGGACUUUCCUCCACGUCUGAACGUCGUGGUGGCCCAGCAGGAUCGUCUGCGCCGGGAGUACCGUCGGGUGGCAGCUAGUAUGGGUAUUCCCUACCUAUCCUCAGCUGACCACUUCCCGCUGUCACGCCUUGAGAUGUGGUGUAGGGAUGGCGUACACCUCAGUGACAGCGAUGGGAUGCCUGUGCUUGCCAGGUUGCUGUGGGUUGCUGCCCGCCGUCAGCUGGAGAGUACCGCACCCGCCCCACCACCUCCACCUCCGCCACCAGCUCCUCCUAUGUCACCGCCGGGCGAGCCCCAUCGUCCUUGGUCGUCCCUGUUCCAGAAGCUGGAGACGACUGCACCACCAGCACCUUCUCUUCAGACGUCCCCACCGAUGCGAGUGUUCCUGCCGAAAGUGGUCGUGAAGGGUGAGGUCACCGUGCAGCAUCCUUCCAACCCUUUUGACUGGACACUCAUUGGCAGCGCAGAGGGGAGGAGUCGACGUGUCAAGUCCAAGGUGCCCCGUGACUCCAGCAAAGGGAUGUGCAAGCAGCAGGAGGACCUGUUGCAGUGCAACAUCCCUGUGAACCCUGUGUGGUUCAGCCCGCCCAUGCUGGUUGCAAUGGACAAGCUGGCUCCAUCGCAUCUUCCAAGCCCUGAGACCUCCACAGUUAUCCCCAAGGGCAAGAAGGCGGUGACUGCAGAGUGCCAACCGCGUCGUCCAGCCUCCAAGAGGAGAGUGGGAGAGCUGCAGAUGGAGGCAACAUCGCCACCUUCCUCCACGCCACUGCAGCACAUUGUACAGGAUGAGGCCAGCUGGAUGGAGGAAACACCACAUCGUGUGGAGCUGCCUUCCACCCCAACGCCACCUUGCAGUCCCGGGCCAGUGGUCGUCACAGAGGAGACGUGUGCGCCAUCCUCCACACCACCACAGCACAUUGUCAUGGAUGGGACCAGCUGGACUGAGGCGAAGGCGACACUGCAUACUGUAGAGCUGCCGUCAACACCAUCACCGCCUUGUAGUCCAGAGACAGUGGUUCAGAGAGACAUUUGUGCAAAGUCCUCAAUGCCACUACUGCACAUUGUCCUGGAUGAAACCAGCCAGGAUUGUGGCACAGAAGCUGGUCGACGCAUUCGUACCGUCCGGGCCACUCACUCCCAGAUGGAUUUGAGGUAUGACGAUUGCACUCGCAAUAAUCAGUGCACGUGUAUGGCACUGACGUUCUUGGCCUACCAUGCUGAGGGGUUUCAUUUUGAUUCAGACGUUCUUGACAGAGUUCUUGAAAAUGGAGACUCACUCUAUGCGUGGACAAUAUGUGGGCUAGGACUACGUUUAAUCAGCAAUCAUUUAACCAAAGAGGAAAUGCCAAAGAUAGUUCACACCGACAACAAUGCAUACACAGUUACACAGUUGGAGCCGAAAUUUGGUUUGGUGAGGGAUCGCAGCAAUUCCCUAAUAGAUCCUUAUUUGUUGCCACUUGCCAGACAACUUGAGUGCCUCUCACAAGAUGUCACUCAUGCUUUUCUGAUUGUGGCUCCAGAGUGCUUUGCGGUUUUUCGUGAUAGGUCAGGAUGCUAUGGUUUUUUUGAUUCGCACAGUCGAUCUUCAGUAGGUUUGCCAGUCCCAAACGGAACUGCGAUUAUGAUGACAUUUUCACACUUAGAUGACUUAGUCGACCAUGUGCAUGAGCUCCUUUCGGAUCGCAGCCCCGAUGCGAACUACGAGUUGGUACCGGUUUCCUUUGGAUUAGAACAGAUAGCAAGUGACAGACAGGUACAGUUGGAUGUCGUAAUCACUUCAGAGCCCACCAAAGAAACAGACGCAGCAAUAAGAGAAUGUGUUGAGACAGAUCAGGAGGAGCUGAUAGUACCACCAUGCGUCCAUGUUCAAAUAGAUUUUUCCAAAGUGAGUAAAACGAGGCGACGGACCGCUAUGAAAAGGGCACUAAAGUGCCAACAAUGUAGACCGUUUGAAGCUUCAAACAAACCCGAUCCCCGUCAAAAAAAACUUCUACAAAUGAAGAUCAAGUAUGUAUCAGACACUAAUUACCGCCAACAAAAAUUAAACGGCUUUACCACGCGAUACAGGUGUGAUAGUGCCUUUAAGAAUAAACAGAAGACGCACGUAGCUGAAAAAUACCACAGAAGUCCGACGACCAAAAAGACUUUAAUGUCAGCAUAUGUUAGGAGAAGGUAUCAAUCUGAUCUGGCUUUUGUUGAACGACAGAAGCUGAAUUUCAGGGAAGGGUAUCACCUGGAUUCAGAUAUUCAGGUGAGAAAAAAGUUAUAUCAGAGGGAGCGGUAUCAACGGGAUCCAGCUUUUCAGGCGAGACAAAAGUUAUAUGUGAGACAGAGGUAUCACAGGGAUCCAGCUUUUCAGGCGAGACAAAGGUUAUAUCUGAGGGAGCGGUAUCAUCGGGAUCCAGCUUUUCAGGCGAGAUAUAGGGUGUAUCUAAGAGAUAAAUAUCGCAACCAUCCAGGUUUUAAGCAAAGGUGGGCUGUUUUCAUGAAAACAUGGAUGCAGAAGUAUAGAAACAAUCCUUAUUUUCAAAAUAACAAAUAUGUGCGAGAUAGUAAUAGACAUUCUAAUGUAAGGCUACAUGUUCAGCAUUGUGAAAAGAACCGUCUUACCAGGCAGCGUAUUCGGCACAAAUUACAAUGCGCGCUUCAAAUAAAGACUAAAUACAUGACUAGAACUCAACAUUCAGCCAACAAUGUGCAGGAUCCAGCAAGCGCUGUAAUGAAAGCAGCAAUAUCGUCGUUCCGCGAAAGAGUCGCACAUGGGCCCACAUAUGUUUGUACUGUAUGCCACCGUGCUCUUUUCCUAAAUCAGGUACAGAAAUGCAAUCGAGGAAAAUAUAGCGACAACCAUGACAUAGUGGCCGCCAGCUUGACAGGUAUAUAUGUUCACGUCUGCAACAACAGUUGUUCUGCCCCAUGCACUGCCCCGCAAGAGAGAAAGCAGGAAUGGAUAUGUCACUCCUGUGACUCCCACCUCAGGAGAUGUGCAAUGCCACCUCUGGCAGUUGCAAAUAAGUUGGAUCUGGCACCCAUUCCCCAAGAGCUGUCCGAUUUAAAUGUACUCGAGAGACAGCUGAUAGCAAAAAUUAUACCUUUUGCAAAAAUUGUAGCAUUGCCCAAAGGACGGCAACGAGCUGUUCAUGGCUCAGUAGUGUGCGUACCGUCGGAAAUGGAAGCAGCAGUGAACUCACUACCUAGGCCACGUAGCGAAGCUCAACUGCUGCAGGUAAAGCUGAAGAGACGCCUUCGGUAUAAAGGACAUCAGCAUUUUUAUACGGUAAAUAUGGCGAAUGUUAUAGCUGGGCUCAGGACGCUGAUACACACUCAUCCACAGUACAGGGAUGUGUGCAUCAAUGAGAGUGCAGCAGCUGAAAGUGUCCUUGAAGGGGAAGAGGAGCCAUCCGCCCUGCCGUCAUCAUCCUUGCAGCAAGAGGCCAGCAACGCCCAAGUUACGCAGGCACAGCAUGUUGAAUGUGAUCAGGAGGAACUUCGGCCGGGCCUCAUGCUCGAUACAUGCAUGCAGCCGCUUGACAUUGCACAGGAAAGUCUUUCAUUUGGGGAUGGGAUAUUCAGCAUUGCUCCUGCCCAACAAAACAAGCCUGUUGGAUUUUUUGCUGUGCCGCAGCUGGAGGCCAUGGCCUUUCCUGUUCUGUUCCCAACGGGAAAGAACACAAUGGAUGAGGAGAGGAUCGUUAAAGUAUCACCGAGUUCUUACUUCAACACCAGAUUGUUUUCAGUUGAUCCACGCUUUGCUGAAGAUCAGGGCUACCUUUUCUUUGCCCAAUUUGUCAUUGAAACGUACAUGGCCAAUAACAGCAUGUCGAUUCAGUCGCGGAAAGGAAAACCUCACACUGCGGAUGGGAGGAAAAUUCUGAACCGGAUGAUCCAGGACAAGGAGGCGUUGGAGCGGCUCAUACAGAACAGGGAAGCGACCAGAUUUAUGCAGCCACUCCGAGGAACACCAGCAUACUGGGAGAAAGCUCACCGGGAGCUCCACGCAAUGGCCAGGCAGUUGGGGAAGCCAACAUUUUUUCUUACCUUUUCUGCGGCGGAAAUGAGAUGGCCUGAAGUCACUGCUGUGAUAAAAGCGCAGCAAGGCCAACAGGAGGGUCACUUUUCAGAUCUGGACUGGAACGCUAAAUGCGAGAUUCUCCGCAGCAAUCCAGUCACGGUCAUGCGCAUGUUUGAGAAAAGGGUAGAUGCUCUCUUAGAGCUUAUUCUGUCUCCUGCGCAGCCCAUCGGCCCAGUCGAGGACUACUUUUAUCGUGUUGAGUUUCAAGCACGAGGAAGUCCUCAUAUACACAUGGUGGUGUGGAUAAAGGACGCACCGGUGAUCGAGGAACCAGAUCCCAUCUACUGUGGCGAAGUGGUCGAAUUCAUCGACCGUUAUAUCACCUGCCACAUCCCCGAUCAAACCAAGGAUCCGGAACUCCAUGAAGUGGUUACGAGUGUUCAAACUCACAGCCGCAGUCACACCAAAUCUUGCCGAAAAGGAAAUGUCUCCUGUCGCUUUGGAUUCCCUAAACUGCCCAUGGAUGUCACCACAAUUACCUUUCCCUUUGAGGACCCGAACAGUGAUGACGAAGAGGAAAACGAUGACCCCAAGAAGAAGAGACGGAAGGAGGAAGACGCCCGUGCCAAAAGGACCAAGUUGGCGAAGAAACAGAGGGAGUCCAAGGAAAAGCUGAAACAGCUAAGAGAGCGUCUUAUGGACACACAGGUUCCGGAGGACUUGACGGACCUGCUCAAUUCGUGCCAGCUGACCCUGGGUCGGUAUAAGCACUAUGUUGAGAACCUCAGUACUGGGAUGGCUGUCCACUUGAAGCGUACACCGCAAGAAAGUUGGACUAAUGCCUACAACCCCCAUCUGCUGCGUGCGUGGAACGCCAACAUGGACAUCCAGUAUAUUCUGGAUGAUAUCAGCUGCAUCAUGUACAUGAUGUCUUACAUCUCCAAGCCGGAGCACGAGAUGACAGAGUUCCUCAAAUCUGUCAUCAAGGACGUGCAAAAGUCUGACGCCAACCAGAAGGAGGAGAUGCAAAAGAUCAUGCAGGCGUAUUCAAAGCACAGAGAGGUAAGUGCUCAGGAAGCAGUGGCACGAACAUGCAGUUUGCCCCUGAAGAAGUCCUCACGCAAUGUGGUGUUCCUCCAAACCGACGAGGACGGUUUCCGAAUGAGUCUGCCCAUGAGUCGGCUUAUGACCAUGCACCCAGAUUCAGCUGAAGUGUGGAUGUCAAGUUUGCCGGAAAAGUACGCCAACAGACCACGUACGCAGGCGUUUGAGUCUAUGUGUCUGGCAGAGUUUGCGUCUGAUUACAGGGUGGUCUACGGUUACGAGAGAGAAGGGCCAAAUGUCAUUCCCCUUUUGAACGACAUGGGUUGCAUUCAGAAGAGGACCAGGGGAAAACCUGCCGUCAUAAGAUACACGCGGUUUUCCAUGACAAAGGUUCCUGAAAAAUAUUUCAGGGCCCUUCUCAAACUCUACUUGCCCCACAGGACGGACCGUGAGUUGACCAGCGACUCCCACCCAACCUAUGAGUCAUUCUACCUGGACGGAUGGUCAAGGCUAGGUCCUGCAAAGGCCAUCGUUGAUGAGAAAAUGAAGCGGUUUGAGGGCCAAGCGAAGAAACUGGACAAGGCUUUGGAGCGACUCCAACAGGAAGGUCCAGCUGUUAAUGCGUGGAACUCUUUUGCGCCAGAGGUGGAAGCAGAGCGCCUGGAAUGUCUUGCUGCGCUGAAGGCCAUGAUGCCAAACGCAGCGGACGAGCGGGAUGAGCAGGAUGAUGUUCCUGCCUAUCAGGCUGACCUUUCCGGCGCCCCAGCACUGCCGGCCUUUGAAGCACCCCAGUUGAGUCCGGACUUUGUGAGGAGGAUGUACCGCAGUCUUAACAUCAUGCAGGCUUCCGUCUUCUAUGCCGUACGCGACUGGUGUUUGCAGCGCGUUUCUGAUCGCGACCUUGAGCCCUUUCAUUAUUUCAUCUCAGGGGGAGCUGGAUGUGGCAAGUCACAUGUCAUCAAGUGCAUUUACCAGGAGGCCACCAAGAUUUUUCGGCAGCUUCCUGGCAUUCGUACCGAUGCGGAUUUGUCUCAACCCACGGUUCUGUUGACGUCAUUUACCGGCACAGCUGCGCUCAACAUUUCUGGGAAAACCUUGCACUCGGUCUUGAAGCUCCCAAGAAGUUUGAGGCCUCCAUAUCAAGGACUCGGCAACGCGCUGGACACCUUGCGGGCGAGUCUUUCCAACGUGCAGAUUUUAAUCAUUGAUGAAAUAUCAAUGGUCUCCAAGGAUCUUUUUGCGUAUGUCCACUGGCGGUUCCAGCAAGUCAAGGGCAACCGGAAGACCUUUGGAGGGAUCUCUGUGCUUGUAGUUGGGGACUUUUACCAGCUGCCACCUCUUGGAAGGGCCAAACCCCUCUGUGUGUAUGAGGAUAAUGUCCUUGACCUCUGGACCAACUUUCAGUUGGUCCGACUUACGGAGAUCAUGCGACAGAAGGAGGACCUGACCUUUGCCCAGCUUUUGAACAGGGUAAGGGAAAAGAGGAAGGAGGAGCCCUUGUAUGAAAGUGACCGGGCUUUACUGCAGCAGGCUACUGUCGAAACAUCGCAGUGUCACACCAGUACGCUCCACAUUUUUGCAACCAAUAAGGAGGUUGACGAACACAACCGUGCAACUGUGGCAGCUUUGAAACUGAAUGUGGUCGACAUUCCGGCAGAAAACUACAGAAAAGACCCCCGGACCGGACAAUUGGUCAUCGUGUCCAACAUGAUAACCGGGAGGAAAAGAGAUCUGCCCAACAACCUGCAAGCCGCUGUAGGAGCGCGAGUCAUGAUCAUCCGGAACUUGGACAUUGAGGAUGGUCUCGUGAACGGCACCUUCGGGACCAUCAUGAACAUUGUCCGUGGACCACAGGCCGCUGUUACUUUUCUUGGCAUUUCUUUGGACAAUCCUGGAGCAGGCCUGAAAUUUCGGAAGAAACUUCAGGGAUCCGGGGACGAUUUGGCCUACAUAGAAAAGUCAGAGGAAAGUUUAAGCAUCAAAGGACUGGUGAGGCGGCAAUUCCCGGCAAAACUGGCCUUUGGAUGCACGGCGCACAAAGUGCAAGGCAUGACGCUAUCUUCUGCGGUCGUAUCUCUGAAGCGCGUGUUUGAACCUGGAAUGGCCUACGUCGCUCUAAGUCGCACGACCUCGCUCCAGGGACUGAAGAUCAUGGACUUGGAUGAGAAGAAAAUAUAUGCUGAUCCCAACAUUGCUUUGGCAAUGGACAGCAUGUUGCACGCUUCUUUCUUGUCUGUCAGACCGCUGUUGCACUUUGCACAAGGGCCUUCUCCGACUUUGAAGAUUGUCCACCAUAACACAGAGGGCCUCGCGUGUCACAUGGAGGACAUCAAAUCUCAUCAUGAGCUGAGACUGGCUGAUGUGCUUUGUUUGACGGAAACUCAUUUGUCUGGUUCCAUCUCGCCACACUUGCAGCUGGAGGACUACGCUGUUUUUGUACGGAACAGACGUGUCUCCUACUUAAACAGGCCAGACAUGGCUGCGAAAGAGGGAGGCGGAGUUGCAGCCUACUGUCGGAGGGAACUUCAAGGCCAGCCCCUUCGGUUUGUCCAGAAUGUGCCAGACCUUGAAUUCUUGGUGGUUAAAGUCAUGGUGCCGAUCACGGCUGUGGUGGCUACUGUUUAUCGACCACCAAACUUGAGUCUGGGCACAUUUCUACCUAAUUUGACAAACCUCUUGGACACCUUGGCAAUGAUGGAAAGCCACCCCAUUGUUGUUUGUGGCGACUUCAACGAGGACCUGCUUUCGAAACGUAAGAAGCCUAUACUGGAGUUGUUUGAGUCCAGAGGCUAUACUCAGCUCAUCGGCAAGGCAACAACUGGCAAGCAGACACUGAUUGAUCACAUUUACAUUUCUCAACCGCAGUCUUGCAUUCAGUCAGGUGUUCUGCAUUCUUACUACAGUUACCACAGUCCGGUGUACUGUAUCUUAACAUCUUUGUAGGCCCUGGUCUGGUCUACACAUGCUGUCUUGUCCCCAAUGAACAUUUGCUUGCAAUGACCAUGUGGCCAUUUCUUCCCCUCCAUCCAUCCACGCCGUCUCACAUACGUCAGUACUCCGUGCUUGUGACCUGAAGGCUAGGUAUGCUGUACCUCUGCUCAUGGGCUGCCUUUCAGAAAUGCUGCUGCACACGCUUUAGCCCCAACCGGAAGAUGUUGCUUUAUUAUAUGUAGUAGAUACAUACUCGAGUCAGAAUUACUGUAUUAUCAUCUCUGAACGGGCAGUGUUGGCAUAGUCAUGUUCUCCAUGUUCUCCCUAUUCCUGAAACUUCAUGUCACUUAUAUGAUGGAACAUUCUAAUAACUUGUCUCUCUCUCUCUCUCUCUCCCCUGUAGUAGGCACUGCUGCAUGAAGACAUGAGAACGGUUAUCGGUAUCAGCGUUGCUGAUAUGUAGUCAUCGGACCUCUUUUUUUUUCUGCAAUAUAUAAUAUUGAUAAAGUAUAUAGUGUGUUUGGGUGUGUGUGUGUGUGUAUAUACAGUAUGUAUAUGACUGAUUUAUUUGACUAACUUGUCUCUCUUUCUCUCCCCUGUAGUAGGCACUGCUGCACAAAGAGCUGAGAACAGCAAAGCUCAAAGAUUUGUAUUAGUGGCAGUACAUUUUACGCAAUAUAUAACAUGUAUAAAGUGUAUAUGUAUAUGACAGUUACUGAUAACAUUUGACUAACUUGUCUCUCUUUCUCUCCCCUGUAGUAGGCACUGCUGCGUGAAAAGCAAAGCUCAUAGAUUUGUAGUAGUCGCAGUACUUUUCCGCAAUAUGUCACGUGGAGUCUAUAUAUUGGGGAUGCUCGGCAUAUGAGUAUCCCAACUGACUUCCUGUGUGAGGACUAAGCCUAGCAAAACAGAAGGAUGCUAAGGAUAAAAAGCUGAUAGAGUGUCAGAUUUGUGAUUUGUGUGUUUUACAGCUACAGAGGAGAACAGGUUCAACUCGCAUUCUGAUACCAACUGCAGGACAUGACAGAAAAGGGAAAAGACAAUCCUUUACAGAAACAUUUCCCGGACGUGUUAAUACUUCAUUCCUGUUGUAAUACGUAGUUACCUACCACAUACAUAUGUUCACUAUGCCUUUUUGUUCUCAAGCGUUUGCACCUUUAUGUAUAAAGACCAUUAUUAUGCAUAAUCAUGCUGUACCAAACAUUUUUGUAUUGUAACCUAAAUGGUCGAGACAGACGGCUGCCCCACUGAGCCUGGGUUCUGUCCAAGGUUUCUUCCCAAGUGGGAGUUUUUCCUUGCCUCCGUUGCCAGGUGCUUGCUCAUGUGGGUUUCUGUUGUUCAUUUAUGACAAACUUGAUAGACCAAACUAAUGAUAAUAAUAAUGUGAACCAAAGUGCCUCGAUCACUUGUUUUGUUGUGAGUUGGUGCGAUAUAUCAUUGAACGCUUCUUUUAAUUACUGCUGUUUUUUUUUCUGAAAUAUUUGAUGUGCCUUGGGCCGCUGACCUAAACUGUUGAGUUACAUACGGGACAUGUUGCCUUGCUACAUUAAGUGUUUGUCAUUGGUUUUAUCGUUCUAUAUUACAGAAUAUUAUACAUCACAAUACUGUUCAUAACUGGUGUAAUUGUUGACAUUUUGACUUCAAGAAUUUAAGGCUUUGUUGCAUCUUGUGGUUCCUUUUUAAAUAAACUGUCAA